GGCCACCACUCCUCCACGCCGACACAUAUCGACACCGCCAAAAUGUCACGACCAGCAGGCCGCACCGACUGGGCCGAAGAGGACGACGAGACGGAGCUCGCCCUCCCCUCCCAAACCGUUGUCAAGAACAAGGACGGAUCAGAGACAAUUACCACCUACCGUGUCGGCGAGGACGGCCGCCGCUACAAGACCACCCGCCGCAUCAAGAAGACUGUCAUCAAGACCACCGUAAACCCCCGUGUCGCCGAGCGCAAACAAUGGGCGAAAUUCGGACAAGAAAAGGGCAAGCCCGCCGGCCCUCAAACAGACACAGUCUCCGUAGCCGAGAACAUCCUAUUCCGACCCGUCGCAGCAUGGAAAGCAAGCAAUGAAGACAAGGGCGACGAGGCGAAGAAGAAGGCCGAGCUCAAGAACGCAAAGAUCAAGUGUCGUAUUUGCCAGGGCGACCAUUUCACCACAAAGUGUCCCUUCAAGGACACCAUGGCCCCCGAGGGCGACGUCGCGCCCGCAGACAUGCCAGACGACGCACCCGGAUCCGCGAGCGGCGGUCUGGGCGCCGGCGGUGGUGGCUACGUUCCACCGCAUCUACGUGGCCGUGCCGGUGCGGGAGAGAAGAUGGGCGGCAAAUUCGAUCGCGACGACAGCGCUACGCUGCGCGUUACCAACGUCAGCGAAUUCGCGGAAGAGCAGGAUCUCAGGGAUAUGUUCAGCAGAUACGGACAUGUCACGAGGGUCUUCUUGGCCAAGGACAGGGAGACGGGCAGGGCGAAGGGAUUCGCGUUUGUCAGUUAUGCUGACCGGACGGAUGCUGCCAAGGCGUGCGAAAAGAUGGAUGGAUUCGGUUUCGGACAUCUUAUCCUGCGCGUCGAGUUUGCCAAGAAGGCUUAGUUGGUGGCACGUUGAGGAUCGGACGAUAUAUGCAUAUUGGCGUUACAUGGGAAACAGGUUGCUUCCGCACAUGGUCGUGAGGCUCUCUAGUCUUUGCCAUGUGCAGCGGAUACAGCCACGAGGUCUUGUUAUGCUACUUGAUAGAUAUGCACGAAUGAAGGGCAAAAUUAUCAUCAA